AUGCGCAAUUUUCUCGGUGGAGCCCUCGACGCCCACAAUACACCCGUCAAACACCAACAUAUGGGCGCUACGCUUUCAUCCCGCAAAUCAGGCGUGGGACGAUGCUUGAUGGACGCUCUACUGGAUGCUACGGAUCGCGGAUACCUGAAGAAAGGCCGCCAUGAAUUUCGAGUUGCGCUGGAGGUGCGGCAUCUGUACAGCACCGGCGGUGGACGCGAUCUGCACGAGUUGAUCUUCCAGGUGCGCAGCUUCAAUCGACCAAUGUCCCCGCAACUGCUUGACCGCAUUCGUGGAGCAGCUCAGGGACAGGCCCCCCAACCCAGCUUUCCCCUCAAGCUUCAAAGGUUGGCCGCUGCCAUUGUACGGGGAUCGAACCCGUCCGCAUGCAACGUGCAAGAACGCAGAGGCCUGUCCAGGGGCCGCCGGCGUCGAUGGGCGCGGUGUUCUGGCCGUAACGCUGUCUCGCUCGGCUGCCAACAACAACAAAAAUAA